AUGGUCGAAUCAAACGGAUUACCAUCUUUUGCCUCCACUGAGGCCGAUACCGAAUAUGGUUACGUUCUUUCAGUAUCAGGUCCAGUCGUAAUUGCUAACAAGAUGUCUGGUGCUGCUAUGUACGAGUUGGUUCGUGUAGGUAAAUCAGAGUUGGUAGGAGAAAUUAUUAGAUUGGAAGACGACACUGCAACUAUUCAGGUAUAUGAGGAGACUGCUGGUCUCACCGUUGGUGAUCCAGUCCGUAGAACUCGUAAACCACUCACUGUCGAGUUGGGUCCAGGUAUCAUGAAUAACAUUUUCGACGGUAUUCAAAGACCAUUGAAUGCUAUUGCAGAGAUUACAAAGGGUAUUUAUAUUCCACGUGGUAUCAAUACACCAUCAUUGGACAGAACAAAGAAGUGGGCUUAUGAACCAGCUCAUGGUAUCAAGGUUGGAGAUUUAGUUACAGGUGGUGAUAUCUUUGGUAAGGUCGUCGAGAACAAUCUCAUUAUCCAUUGGAUCAUGGUUCCACCAAAGGAUAUGGGUAAGGUCGUCGAAGUCACACCAGCUGGUGAAUACAAUUUGGAUCAAGUCCUCUUGACCAUCGAAUUCCAAGGUCAAUUGAAGAAGUUGACUAUGGUUCACCACUGGCCAGUACGUUCUGCCCGUCCAUGUAUCGAGAAGUUGCCAUGUAACUACCCAUUGUUGACUGGUCAACGUGUACUCGAUGCCCUCUUCCCAUGUGUACAAGGUGGUACCUGUGCUAUUCCAGGUGCUUUCGGUUGUGGAAAGACUGUAAUUUCUCAAUCUCUCUCCAAGUUCUCCAACUCUGAUGCUAUUAUUUACGUCGGUUGUGGUGAACGUGGUAAUGAGAUGGCUGAAGUAUUGAUGGAGUUCCCAGAGCUCCACACCAAGAUCGGUGACAAGGAAGAACCAAUUAUGCAACGUACUUGUUUGGUCGCCAAUACCUCUAAUAUGCCAGUAGCUGCUCGUGAAGCUUCUAUUUACACUGGUAUCACUUUGGCCGAGUACUUCCGUGAUAUGGGUUACGAUGUAGCUAUGAUGGCUGAUUCCACCUCCCGUUGGGCUGAGGCUCUUCGUGAAAUUUCUGGUCGUCUUGCUGAAAUGCCAGCCGAUUCCGGUUACCCAGCCUACUUGGGUGCUCGUUUGGCUUCUUUCUACGAGCGUGCCGGUCGUGUCUCAUGUAUCGGUCACCCAACCCGUAUCGGUUCCGUCUCAAUUGUCGGUGCCGUAUCACCACCAGGUGGUGAUUUCGCAGAUCCAGUAACUUCCGCCACUUUGGGUAUCGUACAAGUUUUCUGGGGUCUCGACAAGAAGUUGGCCCAACGUAAGCAUUUCCCAUCGAUCAAUUGGUUGAUCUCUUUCUCUAAAUACAUGCAAGCCCUCGACCCACAUUACGAAACCAUGGAUGCCGAGUUCGUACCACUCAGAACCAAGGCCAAGGAAAUUCUCCAACUUGAAGAGGAUCUCUCUGAAAUCGUACAGUUGGUCGGUAAGGACUCUCUCGGUGAGUCUGAGAAGAUCACCCUCGAAGUUGCCAAGAUCAUUCGUGACGAUUUCCUCCAACAAAACGGUUUCACCCCAUACGAUAAAUGCUGUCCAUUCUACAAGACCAUCUGGAUGCUCCGUAUCAUGAUGACCUUCUACAAUCUCGCCCAAAAGGCCGUCGAAUUGUCAACCCCAGAUCGUAAGGUCACCUGGAAUCAAAUCAGAAACGAAAUGCAAGACACCCUUCACAAAAUCACAUCAAUGAAGUUCCAAGACCCAACUGACGGUGAGCCAGCCUUGACCGCACAUUUCACAGGUUUGUUGGAAGAAGUUCAACAACGUUUCCACAACUUCCGUGAAGAGUAA